AUGGAUGUUCUAAGGCAAAGUGUUAAUUCAGAUAUUUCGCAGGGAGGGGGCGGGGCUCAAGGAGGCCCCGCCCCUCCAGAGCGUUUGGGAGCGUGGCGGUUUAAGUGCCGGGGGAGGCUGCUGUGUGCCCCUGCGGGGAGGGGGCUGCGAAGGCAGCUUGUAACAGAGGUGGCUCUUGUUCCCCAGGGGGCGCCCAGGCAAGCCGAGGCAGCGGCGGGUCACCCCUCCGGCUGGGCGCUGUGGCUGGCAGGGCACGUGCCCUUGCUGAAGUUCCUCCUGUGGCUGGUGCUGCUGGGGCUGUUCCUGGAGCUGGAGCUGGGGCUGCCCUACCUGGUGGUCUCCUCGCUCUACUGGCUGUGCACCGGGACCCGCGGGCUGGGGCAACGGCGCUGCGGGGAGAUGAGUGCCUACUCUGUUUUCAACCCUGGCUGCCAGGCUAUCCAGGGCACCCUGACCGCGGAGCAGCUGGAGAGGGAGCUGCACUACCGCCCCUUGGCUGGGACCUAGCGCCCGCGUGUCCGUGAAGGCCUUACUCUGGGCAAGGAUUUUCCUCCCUCCCAAGAUGCAAAGGGUGAGGAAGAAGCCCUCGCCAACUACAUGUGGAGUUGGAAGUGCCCUACGAAGCCGGGUGAUCUGAAGAGGAGAGCACAGCAACUGGAACAGCAGCUGGGGGAGAAAAGGGUCCAGUUCUCUUCCAGCACACCUGCUCUCCUGAAUGUGGCAGACAAGAUGCUAAGCAUACUGUGGAAAACCACUUGGCACUGGGAGGCACUCAAGUACACUGAUGAGCUGGCUGGAGAAUUUGCAGCUGUGUCCAGAGUUUUCCACAAGAUACAGGAGCGGGUCCCAGACUUUGCCCCCCACUCCCUGCACCUUAUUUGCAUUUUGGCUCUGGGACAGGCUCCGUCAGCUGGGCAAAAGCCUGUAUGAAUAUGUGCGUUUGGAGAGCUCGGCCCCUGUGCUCUCUGCUGCUGAAUGGCUGCUUCAGGGUGGCUCUGAUUCCCAGGGCCCCCAGUUCACAGCUCUGUUUUUUGAGAGUUCCUCUCUGUCUCGCUUAAGGCGAAGUUCAACCUUGCAGUCUCUGCUUUCUCUCUGAAUGAGCUGGUGCCCUUCCUUAGUGCCAGUUAUGAGAAGCUGGGUGGGGACACAGUGGCUCAUGACCCACGAGAUGCUCAUGUCUUUGCUCCGUGCCCACACCACUUUUUCCUGUCUCUGCCUCUCAUCUGAAAAAUCCCUGCGUUAUAAUUUCAUUCAAGCCUAUCAUCCCCUGCCUUUCAGCUGGAACCUGCAGUUGAAGGAGGAGAGAUUCUCUUUUUUGAUCCUGUGCCUUUGGUCUGGGGAGACUAGAGAGCCCUGGCUUCACAUAAUCCAGGCAGUUCUGUGUUGUCCCCAUCAUGCCCACUGCCAGCUGUACUCUGUAGCAUACCAUAAUCACAUACACAAACAUGGCAGAGACCUACACUGCUGUGCCCGGCUCAGCCACUGAGGAGAUUGGCUACUUGUGAUGCCUACCCCAGAGGACAUGUCAUUGGGAGAUAAUGGGAAGGCCCAAACAGAGGAGCAAAGUUGAACUGCUCCUGUUGCAGUGGACAGUCCUCUCCCCUGGGUCCACCUCACAGCAUGGGCUGGUGAAUGCAGCCCCCAAACUUAGCAUCUGUCUGGAUCACCCAAACAGGCAUCCCCUGCCAUCAGUUCACUUGCAAAGGAUGCUACAGUGUGGACGAAUGUGGUCUGUGGCCUUCUGCAUGUAAUGUCCUUGCCCUACCCAUCUGUCUGUCAUAUCCCUAUUUCCAGUUCAUACUUCACCUUAUCUUUCCUUUUUGUGUUUUGUCUGUCCAUGCCCCAGUCUUCCUUCAGGUGAUCACCUCCCAUGCCUGCAUGCCAUCUCUGCCCUUGUUGCUUACCAUCUGUUACUUCCAUUUUUCAUUCCUAUUUGUUAUUCUGCCACGUGUCUCUUGAGUCCUUUCAGUUGAGUCAGUUCAGCUGUUCAUUGAGCCUUAAUCUUCCUGUUUCCCACUAGCUCUAUGCAGCCAGGAAAAGGGCCUGCAGGGACCCCCCUGAUGGCUUGACUAUAACUGCAGGAGCAGAACA